CUGUUGGGCGAGCAGUAUUACAAAAUUUUCCCUUAAACUUUAAAGGGAUACACGAAUAGCAUAACACUUCGGAAGCACUUCUCCACUUCAUCUAUCCCACCUUAAUUCUUUUAGAAAUGCCUUUAAUAUUGUCCAUCCCGUUUAAUUCUCUAUUCCUCUCUUUUAUUACUUGAUGAUAUUUGUGACAUGGCCUUGGAUCUCUGUUCAUACUGCUCUGAAUGAUUCAUAUUUUUCUCUUUAAAGGAUUCCAGUAAUUCUUUUGGUGUGGAGGCAUAUUAUCAUUUGGUAAAAUCAUAUGCCGAUUCUUUAUUUGACUCCACUUAGCUGCCAACUCAGCUGAUCCAUGUUCAGAUAAUUCCCAUUCAUUGGUGGUGAUUGGUAGAUGAUAGUGUACAUAAUGGCAACCUAAACCGUUCCACAGGGAAGAAAGCCGGCAACAACACCUUUAUGCUCCCUGCAAUUUCUCUGAUAGCAUCAACUCAUCCAACAUGCUUAGCCCUUAUACAAGCAUGCACUUCAAUGAGGCAAUUCCUACAAAUUCAUGCCCAAAUGAUCCGAAAUUUUCUAUUCGAAGACCCAUUUGCAACCAGCAAAUUGGUCGAGUUCUGCGCUGUUUCAGACUUUGGAAACCUUCAUUAUGCCCACAAAUUGUUCACUGGAAUUCCCCAUCCAAACACUUUCACUUGGAACACAAUUAUCAGAGGCUAUGCCAAAUCUCCCUUCCCUAAACCCUCUCUACAUCUCUUCAACCAAAUGCUACAGUCUGGUUACACCCCUAAUUCCUUCACCUUCUCUUUUGUAAUCAAAGCAUGUUCUCAUCUCGCUGCCUACAAUGAAGGGCGGCAAAUACAUGGGUUUAUCUUGAAGUCUGGGGUUGAUAGUGAUGUGUUCUGUGUCAAUGGCUUAAUCCACAUGUAUGCAACUUGUGGAAAGAUUAGUCUUGCCCGAAGAUUGUUUGACACUAGUUGUGGCAAGAAUUUAGCUUCUUGGAGUUCAAUUUUGUCCGGGUAUGUUAAUUGCGGACUUAUCGAACAGGCUCGUCGGUUGUUUGAUGAGAUGCCUGAAAGGGGUAUUGUUUCUUGGAAUGCGAUUAUUAAUGGGUAUUGCAAGUGUGGCAGAAUUGAAGCUGCCAGGGAGCUUUUUAAUUUGAUGCCUUCUCGGAAUGUAGAGUCUUGGAAUACUUUGAUUGCUGGGUAUGCUAAGUGUAGUCUUAUAUAUUGCUCUCGCAAGUUGUUUGAUGAUAUGCCUACAAGAAAUAUUGUUUCUUGGAGCACCAUGAUAACUGCAUAUGCACAAGGGGCCCAACCUAACGAGGCCUUGGCUUUGUUUCAGAAGAUGAAAAAUGCCAAGGUGACACCCAAUUGGGCUGCCAUAGUGAGUGUGCUAUCGGCUUGUGCACAACUUGGAGCCUUGGAUCAAGGCAAAAUGAUCCAUCUCUUUGUAGACCAGAGCAAGAUGAAGGUUGACUCUAUAAUUGGUACAGCACUUAUUGACAUGUAUGCGAAGUGUGGGAGCAUAGAAAAUGCAAUAAGGAUCUUCAAUAUGUUGGCAUCAAAGGAUGUGUUCUCAUGGACAGCCAUGAUUGGAGGACUAGCAGUAAAUGGCAAUGGCAAGAAAGCUUUGGAAUUAUUUGGUCAAAUGGAAAGAGCUGGGGUGAGGCCUAAUGAGGUCACCUUUGUUGGUGUGCUCUGUGCCUGCUGCCAUGGUGGGUGGGUGGAAUUGGGUAGAAAAUAUUUUAAUUCAAUGAGACCAGUAUAUGGUAUUGAACCAAAAAUUGAGCAUUAUGGUUGUAUGGUAGACACACUUGGACGUGCUGGCCUUUUGGAAGAAGCAGUUUCUUUUAUAGAAACCAUUCCCAUGAAAGCAAAUCCUGUGUUAUGGGGUGCUCUGCUUGGAGCUUGUUGGAUACAUGGGAAUGCCAAAAUAGGGGAAUAUGUAGGUGACCACCUUGUUAGCCUUGAACCCAAUGAUUCUGGUGUAUACGUGCUUUUGUCUAACAUCUAUGCCACUGUUGGAAGGUGGGAUGAUGCAAGGAAGAUGAGAAUGUUAAUGAAAUCAAAAGGCCUACAAAAGAGCCCUGGUUGUAGUUCAGUAGAGGUCCAUGGUACAAUUCAUGAAUUUUAUGUGGGAGAUAAAUCUCACCUUAGUGCAGAAGAGAUCUAUAUGAUGUUAGAGAAGAUCACAUCAAGAUUGAGAAAUGCAGGGUAUACACCAAAUACAUCUCCAGUGUUGUUUGACAUAGAAGAUGAGGAAAAAGAAAGUGUUGUUUCAUAUCACAGUGAGAAAUUAGCGAUAGCCUUUGGGCUCAUCAGCACUGAAGAAGGUGUCCCCAUCAGAAUAGUCAAGAACCUUCGAGUUUGUCGUGAUUGUCACACUGCUAUGAAGUUCAUAUCUAAAAUUUUUAAUCGAGACUUAGUCUUGAGGGAUAGGAAUGUGUUCCAUUACUUCAAAGAUGGGUCUUGUUCUUGCAAAGACUAUUGGUGACAUCUCUAUCGAGUUAUAUGAUAGCCUUCUCUUGUAUAGCUGAGCUGUUGACUAUGCCUUAUCAAUGACCAGGUCAACGAUGAUCUUCAAGUUGAUGCACGUCCUCUCACCAAUGACGAUACAAUGUUGAUUGAUGAAAUGUUAGACAAUGACCUACAAGAUGUUGAGCCUGCUGAAAUGCACCAAACUUGGUUCGAAUGGAACACACUGCCAUUAGUUAAGGAUGAACCAGAAGUAGAAUUAAAAGAUAAAUUUUCUGAUGACUCAAAAAACGGGGAGACAUUGCCAAGAACCAUUUCAGCCCCAAAGAGUCUUGUGGCUUUGAUAGUCCUUGCUUGAGAAUUCCAAGAGACAAAAUUAUAAAGGUUUUAUUUACUGUUUGCAUUGAUGUUGAAUGAUUUUUCUAUAUGUCCAGUGGAGUUUUCCUUUUACAUAUGUGUUGUGUUGCUAUCUAUAGAUACUUUGCCAUAGGAACAUGGUCUCUUUUAGUUGACAUUAAGAUUUUGUUAUAGACUUUUCUUCCAGUUGA